AUGGAAAUCAGGAAACUAUCUAAACUAGAACAACUGCACCUUAAUAUUAACAAUCUCAAUGGUUCGAUACCAGAAUCAUUGCUGAACUGCAAAAAUCUAGUGAAACUCAUUUUCAGAGUAAACUACCUGCAAGGUAACAUCUCUAAGCUCGAUUUCUCGAGACUUGUCCACCUCCAGAUACUGGACCUUGGUAACAACUUCUUCAUGGGUAAUUUACCCAAGAGUUUAUUUGCCUGCAAGUCGCUUACCGCAGUUAGAGUAUCAAGCAAUAGCUUAAUAGGACCUAUAUCACCGAAAAUAACAGUGUUAACGUCUUUAACUUUCCUUUCACUCUCCAACAAUAGCUUCAGCAACUUAUCGGAGGCAAUCAAGAUUUUCGCAGGUUGCAAGAGCCUCGUCACCCUCAUCCUGUCGAAAAUUUUUUAUAAUGAAACUAUACCCGGUGAAAAGAAUAUAUUAGGGCCAGAAGGUUUUAAAAAAUUACAAGUGCUUGCUUGUGGAGAAUGUAGCCUUCAGGGAGAAAUUCCUCCUGCAACUCAACCAGCUUCCGGCAUUAGUCUUGAGGAGGUUGAGUCAAGCCAACUACAGAAUCUUCUAGUGCUAGAUCUCAGCGAAAACCGGUUUUCGGGCACUAUUCCACCCGAGUUUUCAUAUCUAACGAAUCUAGAAAUGUUGGAUCUUUCUUGGAACCUUAAAACCGGGCAGAUUCGGACAUCAUUGAAAAGCCUAAAUUUCUUAUCCAAGUUCAAUGUUUCGUACAAUGAUCUAGAAGGACCGAUACCUACAGGAGGUCAAUUCGACACUUUCACAGAAUCUAGCUAUGUUGGUAAUGACGGGUUAUGUGGUCGGGUUCUGCAGCUCUCUUGUUCAACCAAUCAACCAGUUCGAGGAGAACAGUAUCAGCACUUAGCUGAUAUAAACCUAAAGAAACUCCAAUUGGAAGGAUUUAUAGCUGGUUUCGUCAUAGUAUUUUUAUCUGUUCUUGCAGUGCAAGCAUACAAUCAUCAGAUGUCCCUUUUUUACAGAAAGAAGCAAAUAAUGGAUCUCUCAGUCAUUAGCUAA